CAAGGUUGACUCGAUCCGCAUUUCAUACACGCACUUGAUUUUGGAUCCACGCGAUGCAUUUUGCACACAUCCGUGGGCGACGCCGAUCGACGGGACAAUGAGGAAUAACCCUGUUAACGAUUGGGAUUAGACAGCGAGGGCCUUCACGGAGUUUGCGUAAAGUGGAGGACAACACUCAUGGACGCUUUGGACGCGGCUCCUGGACCCUUCAGGAGCUUUGAAAAGAACGACUUUGAGACGGACUGGACUAAAGUUGGAGAAGGCAAAUUUGGACAAGUCUAUCAAGUCAAGAUCAAGCUGUGGCGGGAGGUUUGCGCCCUUAAAGUCUUUGACACAACCGUGGGUACAAAUAACCAUUGCAGAAAACCGAGGGAGGAUGCGUCCAACAUAGCAAAAGUUAAAUUCAAGUACCUGGUGUCGGUCUAUGGUUUCUGCAUCGAUGUGCCUGCCAUUGUAAUGGAGUACAUGAGUAAUGGAUCCUUGACUACCCUCCUGAAUAGUCACAAUCUGAUGUGGCCCAAGAAGUUCCAAAUCAUUCACGAGGCUUCCAUGGGCAUGAACUUCCUCCACAGCCUGCAACCCCCAUUACUCCAUCUCAACCUGAAACCAUCCAAUAUACUAAUAGAUGACCAUCUUCAUGUCAAGAUUUCAGACUUUGGUCUUAUCCAUUGUGAAGAAGAAACAGACAAGAAGUUGUUUAUGGAGCAUUUGAUUGCAAGAGGGAAUCUCAGCUACAUUCCUCCUGAGAUUUUCACUCAGUCCUGUGAACCUCCUGGACUUUCCUUCGAUGCGUACAGCUUUGGAAUAGUGAUCUGGGAGAUUCUGACACAACAAAAGCCAUACACAGGGUGCAGCAUGACCACCGUGCUCUUAAAUGUGUCACAUGGCAGGAGACCCUGCGUGGAGAUCAUGCCUGAGCAGAGGCCACGUGAGUGUGAUCAGAUGAUCAGCAUCAUGAAGCAGUGCUGGGAUCAGGAACAAGAAAAGAGGCCACCGUUUUCAGAAACUGUGAGGAAAACAGAGGCCCUAAGUGAAGUCUUGAAGAUCCCCGGACCAAUCGAUUUCCGCCACAGCAGUGAAAAUGGACACAGUUUGGAAUUUCCCAGCCCCUAUGAAAUUCCUUCGCCUCGCUUUCCCAACCUUCCUCCAGAAGAACAAUGCGGCAAGGACAACGUGCUCUCGUUCCUCUUUAAGAAGGAUUUCCGUAGUUUCCAAUCGUCUGUGAAGCGGGAGCACGUGAGCACGCAAUUUAGCGGCAAAAAGAGUCUCCUGCACUACACGGUGGCCAGCGGGGAUGUCAAGAGCGUGGAACACGUCUUGAGUCUGGGCGCUGAAGUUGAUUGUGUCAUGCCGAAAGGCUACACACCAUUGAUUGUAGCUGUCCUCAACAGGUUUCACGAUAUCAUCUCUCUGCUGCUGGAACAUGGCGCCAAUCCCACUCAGGGAGAUGAUGACCAGUGGACGGGCGUCCAUUUCGCGGCUCAGAACGGCGACGACAAGGCCGUCCGUCUACUGUUGGACCGCGGGGCGACGGCGAAUCCCCGUGAAAAAUCCGGCUGGACGCCCCUGCACCUGGCCUGCCAGAACGGCCACGAAACGGUCGUCCGCCUGCUGCUGACGCGGCUUUCCGUCAAGGCGAUCGGGGAGCGGGAGGACGUGGAGAACAGGACGCCGCUUCACCUGGCUGCCACUUACGGUCACAUCAAUAUAACCAAACUGCUCCUCUCCCAGGGAGCCGAUCUCAACGCUACUGACAGCUCCCUGUCCACUCCUCUUCACUUGUCAGCCAAGGCGGGCCAUAACAGAAUCGUACGGCAGUUGGUGAAGGACGGCGCUGUGGUUGAUAGCGCGGACAAAAGAGGACACACUUCGCUUCACCUGGCAGCUCUCAAUGGCCACAAAGGCAUAUGCAGGCAACUCCUGACCAACGGGGCCAGCCCGGACACCAGAACCCACCAGGGCUGGACCGCCAUGCACCUAGCCGUCAUAAAGCGGCACGAGGCCACCAUGACGGACCUGAAAACUCUGGGUGUUAGCGUCAACGCUCCUGGUGAGAACGAUUGGACUCCUCUGCACCUGGCCUGCCACCAGAGCGAGACCGAAAUGGUGGCCAAACUCCUUGCCGCCCACGCCGACCCGAAUGUGACCGAGAAGAGUGAGCAGUGGACGCCGUUGCACGUCGCCUGCGCCAGUCUCAGCUUCCCCAGCGUCCUGCAUUUGAUUUCUCAUCGUGCAGACGUGAACGCUACGAGCGCAGCGCAAGCUACGCCGUUACACAUUGCCGCUCAGCACGGCCACUCGCCCAUUGUGAAGGCGCUACUGCUCAACGGCGCCAACAGAACUCAACGAGACUCCUCGGGAGCGACACCUCUCGAUGUGGCAAAGAGGCACGGAAAAUGUGAAAUAGUCCGGUUACUGGAAAAUUGACAUCCAUUUUUCAUUUGAUCUUUUCAUUGACUUAAUAUACUUUGUUGAUAUACUUUUAUAUUUUGAGCAGUCCCCGUAUUCGUACUCACAGAUUGUUAUAUAUUGUAUAUGUUUAUUUUUUUUAUCCUCUGCAAAACACUUGUGCUGUCCUCACUCUGAAGCAUCUAGUUUUUCACCAGCUAGACAGCGAGUUAACGACGCUCCAAAUAAUCAGACUUGGUUUCUUUUAGCUGAUUUAUUUGUAGAAUGGCCUCAAACCAUUGCCCUCUUAAGACCGUCGUAAAACUAGGAAAAAAUACAAGUAAAAUUGUGCGUUAGCUAAACACAUACAAGCUACAUCGCAUUUACGGUGAAUAAGUUUGCAUUAAACAUCACAUGUAACCAAAAUAAAAUAUUCUUUCAAAAUUCGAAUAAUACUCACGGACAAAUCUUGUCCAAGGCACAACAUAAAAGGUUUAAACAUCAGCUUUUAACAGAUGCACACGAGUCGACAUUGCUUGCUGCCAUUCGGUAUUUGCUCUCAAAAACAACUUCCCACUGCAACCAUUAGAGGGAGGUAAAGCGCUACAUGUAAACGUGUUUCUACUUAAACUUAUUACAAAAGGCAGAAUAACACUAAUAUUUCUUCAAAUACAUAUGGCCUCCACUCAAAACCUUAUUUUGUCUUUUAUUUAUUUUUUUAAACACAUUUUUUUCACUUAAACAAUAUAUCAUAUCAAUAGUUAAUUAAACAUUAUAAGCCUCAAAAUGAUUUAAACAUUCAGUUCAAUCCAGUCUCUUCAGCAUUUGUGCCACUUUGAAUCUUUUCACUGAACUUUUCUAAUUAAAAGUGCACCGAUGGAUUGUGACAAGGUAAAAGAUAGUACUGCGAGCUUACUCCAAUGAUUAAGUCCAUCCUUGCAGACGGAGCAAAGCACAUCUCGGCAUACGCGCUACUCAUUUACCACAGGGACACCUUAUUAAAUUAAAAUGAAAUGCAUGAAGUCUGGAGCUGUGUUGACUCACAUGUUCCAUUUUAUUUAUUUUUUGAACACUUAAGCAGCCACUAGAGACUCAGACACAACGGCAAAAGAUUGUGAGUGAGGCAGUGUCAAAUAAAUACUUGAAGAGAGAAGACUUUAAGUCUUUCCAAAUGUGUUUCCUAAUGAACAACUGUUGUGGUGUGCUCAAAUGCAAAAAUUCAUUAUGCAAUUCUUGGUGUCUAUUGCAUAAGUACUCUGGGGACAAAAAUGCUAACCUCAGUUAAACACUAGUUUACACUGAUCUUAGAGCAUAUUUAUUUUAUUUAUGUUUUGUUAAAAAUGUAUAUUGGCUUUAAUUUAUUGCUUAUAUCUUGGUAAAAUAAAAUACAUUUGAACUUU